AUGAAUAAUGAAAAUGAUGAUUUAAUAAAAUGUGAAAUUAGAGAAAUUACAAAACAAGAUAAAGAAUUUUAUGAAAAUAAUGGUUAUUUAGUAUUAGAUAAUAUUUUACCAAAUAAAGAACAAGUUGAAAAAUUAUUAAAACGUGCAAAAGAUUGUUUUAACAAUGGUUUUGAUAAAGGAAUCGUACCAGAUGAAGUAAGUUGGAGACCUGGACUUUCAUUAGAUGAUAAAACUAGAGAAAUGGUAAACUCUUGGAAAACUGAUUCAUUAAUGGCUCAAUUAAUUUUAAAUCAAGAUAUUGGUAAAUUAGCUUGUGAUCUAUUAGAUUGUAAUAGUGUUUUAAUUGCACAAGAUGAUAUAUUUUGGAAACCUGUGAAUGAUUAUCCAUACUUUGAAUGUAUGUCAAAAAAAGUAUUAACAGUUUGGAUUGCAUUAACAGAUGUUUCAAAAGAGAAUGGUACAGUUGAAUUUAUUGAAGGAUCACAUAAAUGGAAUGAUUUACCACCAAUUGAUAAUAAUAAUAAUAAUAAUAGUGAAUCAUAUUCAAAUAAUGAAUUUCAUGCACCUGUUGAUUAUUUAAAAGGAUUAGAAGGUGCAAUUAAAUAUAAUGGGUUUAAAUCAAUCGAUGAAUUAACAAUUCAUCCAGUUACUGUGAAAGCAGGUGGUUGUUCAAUUCAUCAUGGUAAAUUAUGGCAUGGUUCAAAUUCAAAUCCAUCAUCAUUUAAAGAACGUGUUAGUGUUGCAAUUCAUUUUGCACCUGGUGAUAGUGUUUUCAGUGAUACUGUUAAACCUUGUUUUUCAUUUGGUCGUUAUAAAAUCUAUGGUUCAAAUAAAUUAGAAGAAUCAUUUUAUCCAAUAACAUUUUCAAAAACUUCUUAUAAAUCUCCAAUAAUUAUUGAUGCUGUAAAAAAAUAA